AGGAAAGAAAUCCAUGUUGGAUGUAAACAGGAAAGUUUGACGGAAUUUCGUACAUGUAGAUAUAGUUUGACGUAAUUAUUAAAGUACAUAUUUUAAGAUGAGUGCCCCUACAUCAGCAUCUAGUGCAAGGAAUUUGUUCACUGAAUCUAAAGCUCGUUUAUCAGACAGAAUUCAAGUAAACGUAAUAGGCACUGGAACUUUAGCGAAACAGAUAGUUCGUGGUUCGAAGUCUAAUGAGACGCUAAUGCACACUGCACGUAAUUUUGCUUUGCAAGAAUAUGCCCUUGACAAUUCUGAAACUAAUCUCAAAAGAAUGCAACUGUUGACAAAUCAUCUGAAUUUACAAUUGGAUAAUAUCAGAAAAGUAAGAUUAUGUUUUUUUAAU